AUGACUGAGGAAUACGAUAACGAUGAUCCUCGGCACCGUGCUCUUCGCCUGGGGAUCGAGCAGGGAAAUGGAAUUAGUAAUAUGGAGAAGAUUUCCGUGGCGCUUCAAGCCAUGCAGAAAGCAGGCUUCGUCUUAGAACUCCAUAUGAAUGUUGCGGAUCUUGAGGGCGGGGAUGCGAUCCCGUGGUAUUGGCCUCUGAGCGGUGACUUGAAAUACAUGCAGAGUAUUUGGGAACUGCCCACUUUCCUUCGAAUGUCACCUGUUGGUCGCACGGUUGUGCAUAGCUUCAUAGGAGCCCUGGAGACUAUCCGUCUGGCUCCGAAAGGAACUCAGAAGACGGCCGAUUCGCUAGCAACAGGAGCAGACUGUUUGGUUGCAGGAGCGAAGGAGAAACUAUUCGCACCGAUGUAUCUCAUGGUUGGUCGUAAACCAGCAGUGUGGUGA